CUAUCUCUGCUUCCAAAGAACGCAUUCCCGAAAGAAAACGUUUUCGAGAGAGAGAGAGAGAGAAAGAGAGGAGGGAAACAGCCGAAGCUCGCAGCUAUGGCGGCGAUUGUGUCCCCGUGGGCCAAGCCCGGCGCGUGGGCCCUCGACUCGGAGGAGAACGAGGCCGACCUCCUCCAGGAGCAGGAGCAGGAGCAGCAGAAGCAGAAAUCAGCCCCCGCCGACGCCGCGGAAUUCCCCUCGCUGUCGGCGGCCGCCGCCGCCAAGCCCAAGAAGAAGAAGGGCCAGACCGUCUCCCUUGCAGAGUUCACCACCGGCUCGGUUCCGUCGAAGCCGGCUCGCCUCACCCACGAGGAUUUCCUUGUCCUUCCCACUGGUCCCCGCGAGCGGUCUGCCGAGGAGCUCGACCGGAACCGCCUCGGUGGCGGGUUCCGGUCCUACGGCCGUUACGGGGAUGAUUCCUCGAAUUCCCGCAGGGGAGGGUUCGACGAAUCCAGGAGGGAGCCCUUGCCGCCCUCUCGGGCUGAUGAGAUCGAUGACUGGGGGGCGGCGAAGAAGCCUAUGAGUAACGGUUUCGAGAGGAGAGAGAGGAACGGAGGGUUCUUCGGCUCACAGUCCAAGGCUGAUGAAUCGGAUAAUUGGGGAUCGAAUAAGAGCAGCGAGCCGAGGAGAUUUGGUAAUGGCGGCGGGAGCGAUUUUGGGAGGGAGAGGAGGGGAUUCAGCAGGGGUUAUGAGGGUUUAAGCGAUGGUUCUUCUGGGGCUGAUCCGGAUCGAUGGGGGAAGAAGAGGGAGGACGAGGGAUUGAGUAACGGUCUGAGGGCAGAUUCGGAUAGGUGGGGCAAGAGGAGGGAGGACGAGGGCGUGUUGGGGAAUUCAUUGGCGCGGCCAAAGCUGGUUUUGCAGCCGAGGACACUGCCUGUUAGUGAAGCCUCGGGUGGCUCGGUUCCUGUGAAGCCGAAGGGGGCAAACCCGUUUGGAGAGGCAAGGCCGAGAGAGGAGGUCUUGAAGGAGAAAGGGCAGGACUGGAAGGAGAUUGAUGAGAAGUUGGAGAGUGUGAGGAUAAAGGAGGCUGAGAGAGGAGAGAAGGGUGAGGGAUCUUUCGGGAGGAGGAGCUUUGGGAGCGGGACCUCAAGGGCGAGCUCGCAGGAUGAUAAGACCGAGAGGAUUUGGAGGAAGAACGAUUCUGAUGCUGUUGAGGCUACUACUGAUUCCCCAAGCGGUGAGGAAGAUGAGAAUGGCAGUGCCAGUGAAGAAGCCACUCCAGUGGAAGCAUAGAAGCACACCAUGCUGGAGUGCUGGAAUUAAAUUACAAAAUUUUGGCACAUUCGAGUGGGAGAUCAAGUGAGGAUAUUAGGAGUUCCCCUGUCCUGAGUUUUAUUUUUGUUGCAGGUAUUAAUAUGUGCUAAGUUACAGUUUGGUGCGAGUCUUGUGAACGGUGAAAACACUCUUCUGUGGACAAUUUUGGUAGGGAUUACUUUCAGAAUUUUUCUCCGUCCGUUGUAGUUUGUUACGCUUGAACGGUGUUUCUCGCCUUAAUAGUGAUGAUUAUCAAUUGCUGUUUAGAGUGUUGUUUAUAAAUUUUGCCCUUGUAGUUA